UUUUAAUCGAAACCGGCCGGAAAUUAGAAACCCUGGCUCAAAGCUCAAACCUCAAAAGUGAAGAAAAUAGUCCAUCUAUACACACACAAACACAGUGAGUAGCUCAAGCUCUUGAUUUUUGCGGUGUUUUAGGAAGAUGGGCACUUUGGGAAAGGCAAUAUACACAGUGGGCUUUUGGGUUCGUGAGACUGGCCAAGCUCUUGAUCGUCUUGGCUCUCGUCUUCAAGGCAACUACUAUUUUCAAGAACAAUUGUCGAGGCAUCGGACUGUGAUGAAUGUGUUUGAUAAAGUUCCUGUGGUGCAUAAAGAGGCUUUUGUUGCUCCUAGUGCUUCUCUUAUGGGGGCGGUUCGUGUGGGACAAGGAUCGGCUAUUUGGUAUGGGUGUAUUCUGAGAGGUGAUGUGAACAGCAUUUCUGUUGGCUCUGGGACUAAUAUUCUGGACAACUCCCUGCUGCAUGUGGCCAAAUCUAAUUUAGCUGGGAAGGUACUUCCAGUUAAAAUCGGUGAUAACGUCACUGUUGGUCACAGUGCUGUUCUGCAUGGAUGCACUGUCGAGGAUGAGUCAUUUGUAGGUACAGGGGCCACAUUGCUUGAUGGUGUAGUUGUAGAGAAAAAUGCAAUGGUCGCUCCAGGAGCACUUGUCAGGCAGAACACAAGAAUUCCUAGUGGAGAGGUAUGGGGAGGUAAUCCUGCAAAGUUUCUUAGGAAGCUCAACGAUGAAGAAAGGAGCUUCUUCUCUGAGUCUACAACGGAUAAUGCUAGCCUUGCACAAGGUCAUGCUGUUGAAAAUGCAAAACCCUUUGAUAAGGUUGAGUUUGAGAAGGUGCUCCGGAAGAAGUUUGCUGCUAAAGUCGAGGACUAUGAUUCUUUAUUGGGUGCUGUUCAGGAAACUUCUCCAGAGGCUGUUCUUCCAAAAAACGGCCUACCAGAUGAGGCAGCAAAGUCCGCUAAUAAAUGAGAUAAUCUCAACCCAGCCUUUGCUCUCUUACACACUUGAGGAUUUGAUGUGAAGGAACAUACUCGAUUUUUUGGGAUACUCUUAUAAAACUAUGAAGCUAGCUGUAGGAUGGAAUCACAGUACUUAAUCUCCGACUGUUGUACUGGCCAUCAGAUUCCUUGUAUCUUGAUUAAAGCUGCUCUGAAAUUGUGAAUGCAUGUUUUACAGAAUGAGCAUGGUUGUGUUCGUAUCA